AUGGCUGCCACCACCACCACCACCACCAUCACCCCCCAACCAGCAGCCACCGGCCACGUUCUCAUCGUCGGGGCCGGCCUAGGCGGGCUAUGCCUCGCCCAGGGUCUCAAAAAACAUGGCAUCAGCUGCUCAAUCUUUGAGCGCGACGACACCCCGCACGCCCGCGCCCAGGGGUACCGGGUCAAAGUCUUCCCCGACACGGUGCCAGACCUGCAGUAUCUGACCACGCCGGAGCUCUUCGCCGAGUUUGAGGCGCAGACGGCCGAAACCGUCAUGGUGGAAACCGCCAUCAACGCCGUCGACGGCCGGCUGCUCGCCCGGCGUGCCCUGCGCGGGCCCAAGCCGUACACGGUGGACAGAGGGUUCCUGAGGCGGGUCCUCCUCCGCGGGCUGGAGGAUUGUAUCCACUGGGGGAAGGCGGCUAGUCACUACGAGUUUGAUGAGAGCAACAAGUCCGCGCCUGUGACGGUGCAUUUUGAAGAUGGCACGUCGGCGUCAGGGACGUUGCUGGUUGGUGCCGACGGCGGGAGGUCACGGAUUCGGAAACAGCUUGUGCCGCAUCACAAGAUUAUUGAUCCCGAGGCUGUCUGUCUGUACGGGCGCACGUACCUGACAUCGGAGCUAAAGGAACGCAUCCUGCCGGAGUUGCAAAGGGGGUUGUGCGUGGUGAGGGAUGUGGCGCCGGUUAUUCAGCAGAUCAUCUUCAACUCGGAGCUGCCGGUUACGAUGUUUGUUGAGAAAAUGCACUUCCCACACCGCGGGGAACAGGGCCAUGAGGACCUGCCGGAGGAUUAUAUGUACUGGUCCAUGCUGGCACCGUCGAAACUGGUCGGGUUUACCGAGCAGAUGGUUGCCAGCGCGGUUGCGAACCAGUCGCCGAAGGAGUUGGAGAUGAUGCUCACUCAGGAGUGGAGCGAUUCCGUGAGGUGCUUGAUUGAGUUGCAGGACGAGACGUUUGGGGUCGCGCUAAGGGUUACCUCGUCUACGCCGGAUCUGUCUGAGUGGGAAUCGUCGCCGUACGUGACGCUCGUGGGAGAUUCGAUCCAUGUCAUGUCGCCGUCGGGUGGUGUUGGCGCGGCUACGGCGAUUAAGGAUGCUGUUGCGCUCACCAAGGCGCUUACGGGCCCCGAUGGGAUGUCGUUGGCUAGUAUCAAGGCGUAUGAAGCUACUAUGCGGCAGGUGGCCAAGAGCAAUAUUGAGCGCAGCUUCAGGGGUGGGAGGAUGAUUUACGGACAGCCGCCGCUCGAGCAGUGCAGGGUUUUGGAUUUGAAGGAUCUCUGA